AUGGAAGAGGGCUUCAGAGACCGGGCAGCUUUCAUUCGUGGGGCCAAAGACAUUGCCAAGGAAGUCAAGAAGCAUGCAGCCAAGAAGGUGGUGAAGGGCCUGGACAGGGUCCAGGACGAAUAUUCCCGCAGAUCCUACUCCCGCUUUGAGGAGGAGGAUGAUGACGAUGACCUCCCGGCUCCAGCUGAUGGCUAUUACCGCGGGGAAGGGGCCCAGGAGGAGGAGGAAGGUGGCGUCUCCAGUGACGCCACAGAGGGCCACGAUGAGGAUGAUGAGAUCUAUGAGGGGGAGUAUCAGGGCAUCCCCCGGGCAGAGUCUGGGGGCAAAGGCGAGCAGCUGGCAGAUGGAGCACCCCUGGCUGGAGUGAGGGGGGGCUUGAGUGACGGGGAGGGCCCGCUUGGGGGCCGGGGGGAGGCCCAGCGGCGGAAAGACCGGGAGGAACUGGCCCAGCAGUAUGAAACCAUCCUCCGGGAGUGUGGCCAUGGCCGCUUCCAGUGGACACUCUACUUCGUGCUCGGCCUGGCGCUGAUGGCUGACGGUGUUGAGGUCUUUGUGGUGGGCUUCGUGCUGCCCAGCGCUGAGAAAGACAUGUGCCUGUCUGACUCCAACAAAGGCAUGCUGGGCCUCAUCGUCUACCUGGGCAUGAUGGUGGGAGCCUUCCUCUGGGGCGGCCUGGCUGAUCGGCUGGGUCGGAGACAGUGUCUGCUCAUCUCUCUCUCAGUCAACAGCGUCUUCGCCUUUUUCUCAUCCUUUGUUCAGGGUUAUGGCACUUUCCUCUUCUGCCGCCUCCUUUCUGGGGUUGGGAUUGGAGGGUCCAUCCCCAUUGUCUUCUCCUAUUUCUCGGAGUUUCUGGCCCAGGAGAAACGUGGGGAGCAUUUGAGCUGGCUCUGCAUGUUUUGGAUGAUCGGCGGAGUAUACGCCGCUGCCAUGGCCUGGGCCAUCAUCCCCCACUAUGGGUGGAGCUUCCAGAUGGGGUCUGCUUACCAGUUCCACAGCUGGAGGGUCUUUGUCCUGGUCUGCGCCUUCCCUUCUGUGUUUGCCAUCGGGGCUCUGACCACACAGCCCGAGAGUCCCCGCUUCUUCCUGGAGAAUGGGAAGCAUGAUGAGGCCUGGAUGGUGCUGAAGCAAGUCCACGACACCAACAUGCGAGCCAAGGGACAUCCCGAGCGAGUCUUCUCAGUAACCCACAUUAAGACGAUUCAUCAGGAGGAUGAGUUGAUUGAAAUCCAGUCAGACACAGGGACCUGGUACCAGCGCUGGGGGGUCCGGGCAUCGAACCUGGGGGGGCAGGUUUGGGGGAAUUUCCUCUCCUGUUUUGGUCCAGAAUAUCGACGCAUCACUCUGAUGAUGAUGGGUGUGUGGUUCACCAUGUCCUUCAGUUACUAUGGCCUGACUGUCUGGUUUCCCGACAUGAUCCGCCAUCUCCAGGCGGUGGACUACGCAGCCCGCACCAAAGUGUUCCCUGGGGAGCGGGUAGAGCACGUGACCUUUAACUUCACCCUGGAGAACCAGAUCCACCGAGGGGGACAGUACUUCAAUGACAAGUUCAUUGGGCUGCGUAUGAAGUCAGUGACCUUUGAGGACUCCCUGUUUGAGGAGUGUUAUUUCGAGGACGUCACAUCCAGCAACACAUUCUUCCGCAAUUGCACAUUCAUCAACACCGUGUUCUAUAACACUGACCUGUUUGAGUACAAGUUCGUGAACAGCCACCUGGUGAACAGCACGUUUCUGCACAACAAGGAGGGCUGCCAGUUAGACGUGACAGGGACGGGUGAAGGUGCCUACAUGGUGUACUUCGUCAGCUUCCUGGGAACGCUGGCUGUGCUUCCGGGGAAUAUUGUGUCUGCCCUGCUCAUGGACAAGAUCGGCAGGCUCCGGAUGCUUGCCGGCUCCAGUGUGAUGUCCUGCAUCUCCUGCUUCUUCCUGUCUUUUGGGAACAGCGAGUCAGCGAUGAUCGCUCUGCUCUGCCUUUUUGGGGGGGUCAGCAUCGCAUCCUGGAACGCGCUGGACGUGUUGACUGUUGAACUCUACCCCUCGGACAAGAGGACCACAGCCUUCGGCUUCCUGAACGCCCUGUGUAAGCUGGCCGCGGUGCUGGGGAUCAGCAUCUUCACGUCCUUUGUGGGAAUCACCAAGGCCGCCCCCAUCCUCUUCGCCUCUGCUGCCCUUGCCCUUGGUAGCUCUCUGGCCCUGAAGCUGCCUGAGACCCGGGGGCAGGUGCUGCAGUGA